AUGAGCUUCACCCUCCACUCAGUUUUCUUCACCCUCAAGGCCAGCAUCCUGCUGGGGUCCCUGCUGGGGCUCUGCUUGGGCCUGGAGUUCAUGGGCCUCCCCAACCAGUGGGCCCGCUACCUCCGCUGGGACGCCAGCACGCGCAGUGAUCUGAGCUUCCAGUUCAAGACCAACGUCUCCACGGGGCUGCUCCUCUACCUGGACGAUGGUGGCGUCUGUGACUUCCUCUGCCUCUCCCUGGUGGAUGGCCGCGUUCAGCUCCGCUUUAGCAUGGACUGCGCUGAGACUGCCGUGCUGUCCAACAAGCAGGUGAACGACAGCAGCUGGCACUUCCUCAUGGUGAGCCGCGACCGCCUGCGCACCGUGCUGGUGCUGGAUGGCGAGGGCCAGUCUGGGGAGCUGCAGCCCCAGCGGCCGUACAUGGAUGUGGUCAGUGACUUGUUCCUUGGUGGAGUCCCCGCUGACAUUCGGCCUUCUGCCCUGACCCUUGAUGGAGUACAGGCCAUGCCCGGCUUCAAGGGAUUAAUCAUGGAUCUCAAAUAUGGCAACUCAGAGCCUCGGCUUCUGGGGAGCCAGGGCGUCCAGAUGGAAGCCGAGGGACCCUGUGGUGAGCGUCCCUGUGAAAAUGGAGGGAUCUGCUUCCUCCUGGACGGCCACCCCACCUGUGACUGUUCUACUACUGGCUAUGGUGGCACGCUGUGCUCAGAAGAUGUCAGUCAAGGUCCAGGCCUCUCCCACCUCAUGAUGAGUGAACAAGCUCGAGAGGAGAAUGUGGCCACUUUCCGAGGCUCAGAAUACCUGUGCUAUGACCUGUCUCAGAACCCGAUCCAGAGCAGCAGUGACGAAAUCACCCUCUCCUUCAAGACCUGGCAGCGCAACGGGCUCAUCCUGCACACGGGCAAGUCGGCUGACUAUGUCAACCUGGCUCUGAAGGAUGGUGCGGUCUCCUUGGUCAUUAACCUGGGGUCCGGGGCCUUUGAGGCCAUUGUGGAGCCAGUGAAUGGGAAGUUCAACGACAACGCCUGGCAUGAUGUCAAAGUGACACGCAACCUCCGGCAGGUGACAAUCUCUGUGGAUGGCAUUCUUACCACGACGGGCUAUACGCAGGAAGACUACACUAUGCUGGGCUCGGAUGAUUUCUUCUAUGUGGGAGGAAGCCCAAGUACCGCUGACUUGCCGGGCUCACCUGUGAGCAACAACUUCAUGGGCUGCCUUAAGGAGGUUGUUUAUAAGAAUAAUGACAUCCGUCUGGAGCUGUCUCGUCUGGCACGGAUUGGGGACACAAAAAUGAAAAUCUAUGGUGAAGUUGUGUUCAAGUGUGAGAAUGUGGCCACACUGGACCCCAUCAACUUUGAGACCCCAGAGGCUUACAUCAGCUUGCCCAAGUGGAACACCAAACGAAUGGGCUCUAUCUCCUUUGACUUCCGCACCACUGAGCCCAACGGCCUGAUCCUCUUCACUCAUGGGAAGCCCCAAGAGAGGAAGGAUGCUCGAAGCCAAAAGAACACAAAAGUUGACUUCUUUGCUGUGGAACUUCUCGAUGGCAACCUGUACUUGCUGCUCGAUAUGGGCUCAGGCACCAUCAAAGUGAAAGCCACCCAGAAGAAAGCCAAUGACGGGGAAUGGUACCAUGUGGAUAUUCAGCGCGAUGGCAGAUCAGGUACCAUAUCAGUGAACAGCAGGCGCACGCCAUUCACCGCCAGUGGGGAGAGCGAGAUCCUGGACCUGGAGGGAGACAUGUACCUGGGCGGSCUGCCGGAGAACCGUGCUGGCCUCAUCCUCCCCACGGAGCUCUGGACCGCCAUGCUCAACUACGGCUACGUGGGCUGCAUCCGAGACCUGUUCAUCGACGGGCGCAGCAAGAACAUCCGGCAGCUGGCGGAGAUGCAGAACGCCGCGGGCGUCAAGUCCUCCUGUUCACGGAUGAGCGCCAAGCAGUGUGACAGCUACCCCUGCAAGAACAACGCUGUGUGCAAGGACGGCUGGAACCGCUUCAUCUGCGACUGCACGGGCACCGGCUACUGGGGAAGAACCUGCGAAAGGGAGGCGUCCAUCCUGAGCUACGACGGCAGCAUGUACAUGAAGAUCAUCAUGCCCAUGGUCAUGCACACUGAGGCUGAGGAUGUGUCCUUCCGCUUCAUGUCCCAGCGAGCCUACGGGCUCCUGGUGGCUACUACCUCCAGGGACUCCGCUGACACGCUGCGCCUGGAGCUCGAUGGGGGUCGCGUCAAGCUCAUGGUUAACUUAGACUGUAUCAGGAUAAACUGUAACUCCAGCAAAGGACCUGAGACCCUGUAUGCAGGGCAGAAGCUCAAUGACAACGAGUGGCACACCGUUCGGGUGGUGCGGAGAGGAAAAAGCCUAAAGUUAACCGUGGACGAUGAUGUGGCCGAGGGUACGAUGGUGGGAGACCACACUCGCUUGGAGUUCCAUAAUAUUGAAACUGGUAUCAUGACAGAGAAACGAUACAUCUCCGUUGUCCCCUCUAGUUUCAUUGGGCACCUGCAGAGCCUCAUGUUUAAUGGCUUGCUCUACAUUGACUUGUGCAAAAAUGGUGACAUUGAUUACUGUGAGCUGAAGGCUCGUUUUGGACUGAGGAACAUCAUCGCUGACCCUGUCACCUUUAAGACCAAGAGCAGCUACCUGAGCCUUGCCACCCUCCAGGCCUACACCUCCAUGCACCUCUUCUUCCAGUUCAAGACCACCUCGGCCGAUGGCUUCAUUCUCUUCAACAGCGGUGAUGGCAAUGACUUCAUUGCAGUUGAGCUAGUCAAGGGGUACAUACACUACGUUUUUGAUCUCGGAAAUGGCCCCAAUGUGAUCAAAGGUAACAGUGAUCGCCCCCUGAAUGACAACCAGUGGCACAACGUCGUCAUCACUCGGGACAACAGUAACACCCACAGCCUGAAGGUGGACACCAAGGUGGUUACACAAGUUAUCAAUGGUGCCAAAAAUCUGGAUUUGAAAGGCGACCUCUACAUGGCUGGCCUGGCCCAAGGCAUGUACAGCAACCUCCCAAAGCUUGUGGCCUCUCGGGAUGGCUUCCAGGGCUGUCUGGCAUCUGUGGACUUGAACGGGCGGCUGCCGGACCUCAUCAAUGAUGCCCUCCACCGCAGCGGACAGAUCGAGCGCGGCUGUGAAGGACCCAGUACCACCUGCCAGGAAGAUUCCUGUGCCAACCAGGGGGUUUGCAUGCAGCAGUGGGAAGGCUUCACCUGCGACUGCUCCAUGACGUCCUAUUCUGGAAACCAGUGCAAUGAUCCUGGCGCUACCUAUAUCUUUGGGAAAAGUGGUGGCCUCAUCCUCUACACCUGGCCGGCCAAUGACAGGCCCAGCACGCGCUCUGACCGCCUGGCAGUGGGCUUCAGCACCACGGUGAAGGAUGGCAUCUUAGUACGCAUCGACAGCGCUCCAGGUCUUGGAGACUUCCUGCAGCUUCACAUAGAACAGGGAAAAAUUGGUGUUGUUUUCAAUAUUGGCACAGUUGACAUCUCCAUCAAAGAGGAGAGGACCCCAGUCAAUGAUGGCAAAUACCACGUGGUGCGCUUCACCAGGAAUGGAGGCAAUGCCACCCUCCAGGUGGACAACUGGCCAGUGAAUGAACACUAUCCUACAGGCAACACUGAUAAUGAACGCUUCCAAAUGGUAAAACAGAAAAUCCCCUUCAAAUAUAACCGACCCGUAGAAGAGUGGCUGCAGGAAAAAGGCCGGCAGUUAACCAUCUUCAACACCCAGGCGCAAAUAGCCAUUGGCGGGAAGGAUAAAGGACGCCUCUUCCAAGGUCAACUCUCUGGGCUCUAUUAUGAUGGUUUGAAAGUACUGAAUAUGGCAGCUGAGAACAACCCUAAUAUUAAAAUCAAUGGAAGUGUCCGACUGGUGGGAGAAGUCCCAUCCAUUUUGGGAACAACCCAGACGACCUCCAUGCCACCGGAAAUGUCUACCACAGUCAUGGAAACCACCACCACAAUGGCUACUACCACAACCCGCAAGAAUCGCUCCACAGCCAGCAUUCAGCCAACCUCAGAUGACCUUGUUUCAUCUGCUGAAUGUUCAAGUGAUGAUGAAGACUUCGUUGAAUGUGAGCCGAGUACAGAUAAGAGUCUUUCCACUUCAAUCUUCGAAGGUGGCUACAAAGCACAUGCGCCCAAGUGGGAAUCCAAGGACUUUAGACCUAACAAAGUCUCCGAAACUAGUAGGACUACUACCACAUCUUUGUCCCCUGAGCUGAUCCGCUUCACAGCUUCCUCCUCGUCUGGGAUGGUGCCCAAAUUGCCAGCUGGCAAAAUGAAUAACCGUGAUCUCAAACCCCAGCCUGAUAUAGUCUUGCUUCCGUUGCCCACUGCCUAUGAGCUAGACAGCACCAAACUGAAGAGCCCACUAAUUACUUCCCCCAUGUUCCGUAAUGUGCCCACAGCAAACCCCACGGAGCCGGGAAUCAGACGGGUUCCGGGGGCCUCAGAGGUGAUCCGGGAGUCGAGCAGUACAACAGGGAUGGUCGUCGGCAUUGUGGCUGCUGCCGCCCUCUGCAUCUUGAUCCUCCUGUACGCCAUGUACAAGUACAGGAACAGGGACGAGGGGUCCUAUCAAGUGGACGAGACGCGGAACUACAUCAGCAACUCGGCCCAGAGCAACGGCACGCUCAUGAAGGAGAAGCAACCGAGCUCGAAGAGCGGCCACAAGAAACAGAAGAACAAGGACAAAGAGUAUUACGUGUAA